GUCACAGUGUUCUAUUUAGAGUGGUAGGACAAUGAGUUGCCACCGGAUACCCCCAUAAAUGUGACUUAUUAGGUAGUUUUUUCACCUAAAAUUUCGAGAGGAAUGUUCAGUGUUGUUACGAACUGUUGAAUUUGACGCAACAUAGACAAGUAUUCCUGGAAAGUUGUAGUGUUGCAAUUGGAAUAUAGGAGACACAAUAGAAUCCGUCUGCCGCGGCCAUCUUGCCGUGCCUGCGGUGAUUGGUGCCCCUCAUGGUGGAGCGAGAGGCCAUCUGUGACGGCAGUUGUAGAGCUCUACCAAACGAGUGGUGGGCACUCGUUGGAUGACAGGGCUUCUCGUGUACAUGUUGUAGAAGAUCUUUUGCUAAGUGUCCCUGACUGUCGGAGUAGUAAAUUUCCCGAGGCUCAAACGAUCUGUUGCCUUUGACGAGUACAAUCGGCAAGCUCUUGUUUUCGGUACGGUAAAUCCGAUUCCGGGUCAAAAUGGGAAGCCUGCUUCGCUCCGAGGAAAUGACCUUGUGUCAACUCUUCCUACAAAGUGAAGCAGCAUACGCUUGUGUUGCCGAGCUAGGAGAACUCGGACUCGUCCAGUUUAGAGAUCUAAAUUCUACCACAAAUGCGUUCCAACGUAAAUUCGUUAAUGAGGUUCGGCGAUGCGAUGAAAUGGAAAGAAAACUACGUUUUCUAGAACGCGAGGUGAGGAAGGAUAACCUUCCGAUGAUGUCAUUCGGCGACAAUCCUGAGGCGCCUCAGCCUCGGGAGAUGAUUGAUCUAGAAGCAACCUUUGAGAAACUCGAAAACGAACUCAAUGAGGUGAAUACAAAUGCUGAGGCUCUCAAGAAAACCUUCCUCGAGCUCACAGAACUCAAGCAUAUCCUCAAACAAACUCAACAGUUUUUUGAUGAGGUUGGCAUGGGCAUAGGCAAAAGUCCGACGGCAUGGGCCGGAGAGGGUGGUAUUAUGGAUCCGGUGGUGAGAUAUAUGACUGGAAGUUCGUGGGAUGAUGACGGGAUACUUCAGAUGGGUGACGGGGGACCGACUCACGACGAGCACACAACCCUUCUUGGAGAGGAUGCGAGGCAAGGGCAACCACAGAACGUACAAGGAGCCGCCGCUAUGAAGCUUGGCUUCGUAGCUGGCGUCAUUCUUCGCGAGCGCCUUCCAUCGUUCGAGCGUCUCCUUUGGCGCGUGUGUCACGGCAACGUAUUCCUGCGUCAAUGUGACAUCGACGUUCCGUUAGAGGAUCCCUCAUCCUGGGACCGUGUCUAUAAAAGCGUGUUUAUCAUCUUUUUCCAAGGAGAUCAGCUUAAGGCUAAGGUAAAAAAGAUUUGUGAAAGUUUCCGGGCUACACUAUACCCCUGUCCAGACACACCGAUAGAACGCCGUGAAAUGAGCGUCGGAGUAAUGACGAGAAUUGAAGAUCUUAACACUGUUCUUAGGCAAACACAGGAUCACCGACAUCGUGUUUUAGCUGCAGCCGCUAAAAAUAUUCAGAACUGGGUGGUCAAAGUACGUAAGAUCAAGGCCAUCUACCACACUUUGAAUUUGUUCAAUCUCGACGUCACACAAAAGUGUCUUAUUGCCGAAGCAUGGUGCGCCGUUGGGGACAUCGAUCGCAUCCAAUACGCAUUACGACGAGGCACUGAAAAAUCCGGAUCUAGCGUUCCGUGCAUUCUUAAUCGCAUGGACACAAAGGAAACCCCACCAACUUACAAUCGCACAAAUAAGUUUACGGCGGCAUUCCAGAUGAUAGUGGAUGCAUACGGGGUUGCAUCUUACCGAGAGAUGAACCCUACGCCGUUCACAAUCGUUACAUUCCCAUUUCUAUUUGCCGUAAUGUUCGGUGAUUGUGGCCACGGCCUUAUUAUGUUUCUUUUUGCGCUGUGGAUGGUCCUUAAAGAGCAAGGCAUCAUUGCCCAGAAAUCCAAAGAUGAAAUGUGGAACACCUUUUUUGGCGGGCGGUAUAUAAUUCUAUUGAUGGGUGCAUUUUCAAUCUAUACCGGUCUCAUUUACAACGAUUGCUUCUCGAAGUCACUGAAUGUCAUAGGAAGUCAUUGGAAUAUUCCUGCGAAAGAUAAUUACUCUAAUAUUGAGAUGCUGGAUCCGGCCAAAAGCUAUACUGGAACACCUUAUCCAUUUGGCCUCGAUCCAAUUUGGCAGUUGGCCACCAACAAGAUACCGUUCAUCAACUCGUACAAGAUGAAGGUGUCGGUGGUUCUCGGUGUGAUGCAAAUGACAUUUGGCGUGGUGCUCUCCUUUUACAAUCAUCGAUUCUUCCAGAACCGUUUGAGCAUUCUUUGUGAGUUCAUACCGCAGAUGAUCUUCCUUAUGUCAAUUUUCGGUUAUCUCGUCCUUUGCAUUUUAGGGAAAUGGAUGAAAGUCUACGAGAACACAUCAUGUGCGCCAUCUCUUCUUUUGCUCUUGAUCAACAUGGUGAUGUUCAACUACCCGAAAGAAAGCAGUAAUUGCCUUACCAAACCGUUUUAUCCAGGACAGCAGAUUGUGCAGACGCUGCUAGUUCUUGCGGCCUUCAUCUGCGUGCCUUGGAUUCUUUUGUCGAAACCCCUAAUCUUACGCAAGAUGUGGCUUGCACAAAAUGGACAAUAUGGAACUUUACAGAGCACCAAUACGGUCCAGGUUCAACAAAAAGAUGAGACUCAGAUCACGUACAAUGAAGAUGGGACUAUCGCUCAACAGCAGCCUGUUGCCCAUGAAACGGUGGUGAACAAUGUGGCUGGCGGACAUGAUCUAGGCCAUGGAGUGUCCUUCGAUCACUUUGAAUUUGGAGAGAUACUCAUUACUCAGACAAUUCACACUAUAGAAUUUUGCUUGGGAGCUGUGUCUCACACAGCAUCAUAUCUUCGCCUGUGGGCUCUUUCAUUGGCUCACUCACAAUUGUCCGAAGUUUUGUGGAACAUGGUUCUACGCAUGGGUCUUGCCCAGGACGGAUGGCAGGGCGGAGUGAUCUUGUUUGUAAUGUUUGGGUUCUGGGCCUGCUUGACUGUUAUGGUCCUGCUGUUGAUGGAAGGAUUGUCUGCCUUCUUGCACGCCCUCCGACUUCAUUGGGUGGAAUUCCAGAGCAAAUUCUAUCAUGGCGAAGGCUACCUCUUCUCGCCAUUCUCUUUCGAAUCAAUUCUUAAGACUGCGGAGCAAGAAGAUGCCACCACAUCUUAAACGGACGUUAUUAACCACGUUAUCGAAGUCUAGCCAUGUAGAACCAGUCAUACCGGAAGGAGGUAUAAAAGGCACAUAAUUGUAUUCGGUUCAUAUUUCGUUGUCAUUGUGAUGACAGCUGACAUUAAAUUCGAAAAACAAAUGGGCAGAUAUAGCACUGCUCUAGCGUUCAACCUUGCUGCAUUAUCUAUUACUCACAUGAUAUACUAUAUCCUGUGGCUUGAUUACGUUAUUGAGCUUUACGUUUCAUGAUUAAUGCUAGUACAACAUUUGACAUAUCCUUUGCCUGUGAUUGUAAUCUUUAUUUAACGUAGAUAUCUGAUAAUGAAGGUUUAACCCUAAAAAAAUGAUACUAACUGGUAAAAAUAGCAACUUCAUUGUAUCAUGUGUAGUUAGUUUAAGUGUCCACUUCUAUUCUUCUUCGCCAUGUAUUUAAUGUACUCAGGUCUAUAGGACCCACCUCGCUUAAGCAGCAAAUGGCCGUGUUUGAUUUAGUAGCAUCAGGCAAAUUAGGCGACUGCCAUUUGAAGUGACGCAAUGCAGUAAACAUUGUUCAGAGAAAAAGAGUUCCUCUUUGGUACUCAGCGGUCGGUGAUCUCCCGUAGUCAAUAGGACUGCUUGAAGUUUUUUAAUUAGCCAAAUCAUAAUCCAUAGCAAGUACAUACACGGAAGUCAACACACAGUGUUUCAUCCAACUGAACAGAGCACACAGUCUAUAAAUAUACUA